UAGAGGCCCGUCAGAGCAGCUCGAGCUCCAGCCAAUCCCCAGCUGGCAGAGGCCUUCAGGGGUGGAGAAGGACGGCUGAUGUAGAGGGAAACAUACCUCUGUGGGUUAGUUUUCCAAGAGACUCGAUGGUGCGGACUGACAUAAAGGCGCAAUUUAAAGAAACCGGUGCACGCGCGCACACGCGGGUGUCAGUUAGAGUGGCAUUUAGCUGAAACAAGUACAACGAGGGAAAAACCUGCCAAUGUGUUUUUUAAACGAAUAUACAGGUUUCGGGUUAUUUUUCUUUAUAAAAGGGGGAAAGGAGAGCUUAUGAUUUUGUGACUGAAGAGCACGGCACAUGUGCGCACCUGGAGAGAGCUCGACUUGUUUUUUCUAAAGACUCCUCCCGCUCUCUCUCGCUCUCUCUCUGCUGCUGCUGAAGCCAUCAUGGAGAAAUCGAAAAACUUUCGAAUCGACGCUCUUCUCGCCGAUGAGACCAAUCGGUGUGGUCGAGACCUCUCACCCGGUCUGAGCAGUGACAGCCCGGCCGGCAGCCCGGUCUCAUGCCGCCGUGGGGACACUCCGUCCCCGCGAGGAGCGCACCUUCAGACCGGAAUAAUCCCUAAGCAGAGUGUCCUCAAUCUGCCCCAUCCGGGGCUUGCAUCGCUGCCUCAGGGAGCGAUUCCCGGCAUGUAUCCUGCACCCAUGUACCCACUGUCGGCGUUGGGUGGACAACACCCUGCGUUCGCCUACACUGGCUUCACGCACCUAUCGCAGACCUACCCAGAGCACCUGAAGGUGGCUACCAUGGCUGGAUCUCUGCCCCUGGAGCACUGGAUCCGCGCUGGGCUCAUGGUGCCACGACUGCCGGAUUACAGCUCGGGUGCUCAGUCAGGCCUGUUGGGGAAAUGCAGGAGGCCCCGCACCGCCUUCACCAGCCAGCAGCUCCUGGAGCUGGAGAACCAGUUCAAGCUUAACAAAUACCUGUCCAGGCCCAAGCGCUUCGAGGUGGCCACUUCACUCAUGCUGACCGAAACACAGGUGAAGAUCUGGUUCCAAAAUCGGAGGAUGAAGUGGAAGCGCAGUCGGAAGGCAAAGGAGCAGGCCACUGCCUCCACCCAGUCUGAGGCAGAGAGACUACGCAGCUCGGGAAAGACAGGCUCCGACAAAUCCAGUGAGAGCAGACGAGCUUUGAACCCGGACGACCGAAGGAUAGCUCUCGAAUUGGAGGAUGGAGAAGAGGAAGAAGAUGGAGAGGAUGAGGAGGAAGAAGUAGCGGAGGCGCCCCAGCGUGGCUUUCCUCUUUCUGCGGGUAACCUAGUUGGGAUCCAGCAAACCACGGACUUCUUGCAGCGUAACGAUGAAGCUGGCUACAGCUCCCACAGCCCUUUCUCUGAUGAUGAGCUGGAUGGGGUGGAAGUGGGUGGGGGUGACAGGAAAAUUGGGGCAGGACUGUGAAUACACACCCAGAAAAAGGUUUUAAAAACACAUGAGAAUUACCUGAGUGUUUCAGCGAAGUCACAACAGGAAAGUCUGUGUUUGUGAGAGAGGACAAACCUAAAGAUCUUCACCUCGUAUGCUCUGAGAAGGUUUUUCCAAUCAAGACAUUUGUUGGACUCAUUCACACAAUCACACAUAAACAAAUGCAGGAUUAUGACGCGUGUAUAGUGCUUAAACUAUUUGUGAAUAGAAUUAUCACUAAGUAAUUUACAUUGUUGCAGCAUGCUGGAAAAAACUGCUUCUUUCUUUCCCUAAUUUUGCUCUUUUUUAAUGCGCCAGUGGUCCUCUGUGGCAAACUUGUGUUUCCUCCAUCCACUCACAGCCUGAGCUCCACUCAGUGAACACAUUUUUUAGGAAUUAAAUGUUAAGAGGAGUGAACUGCAACACAUUCAAACAGUUUGAUGAGGUUUAGGAGGCGCACGAGCCGUGUGACCAUUGAUAGAACGGACAAAGGCUCAGAAACAGCUGCAGUUCCAGAUGUUUUUGCUCCCAGACUUUGCACAACAUCCCAUGUAGCGCAUUUCCAUUUGUGCAUUUAAUGUGAAUAUUCAGAUUUUUUUUUCAAUAAUAUUUAUGACUUGGUUGUCGUCACUUACAUGUAAAUAAAUGAACUUAAUUUAUUUGAAUGAUUGAAGGAUGAAUCGUACGUGUAUUUAUCUCAAACUUGUGUGGUGUAAAUGUGAAAUAAAGAA